AUGAGAGAGCCACGAAAGAACACUAAUUUUCGCCUCAAACUUCACUCAUUAAAUGCCAACUUCCCUUUUAUGACCGUUGAUGCUCUCACCGGAGUNUACACUACUAAGUGGAUCGAUGAGGUUAGAACAGAGCGUGGUAGUGAUGUCAUAGUUGUGCUUGUGGGAAAUAAAACCGACCUUGUGGACAAAAGGCAAGUGUCAAUAGAGGAAGCAGAAGCCAAGGCUCGUGAGCUUAAUGUCAUGUUUAUCGAAACCAGUGCCAAAGCCGGUUUCAACAUUAAGGCGCUCUUCCGGAAGAUAGCAGCAGCUUUGCCAGGAAUGGAAACAUUGUCGUCGACAAAGCAAGAGGAUAUGGUUGAUGUCAAUCUCAAGUCUUCCAAUGCAAAUGCAUCUUUGGCUCAGCAGCAAGCAGGAGGAUGCUCUUGUUAA